GCGGCCGUUGGAGGCGGCCUUGCAGCGCAGUGCGUGUGAGCUCAGCGCGUCGCAGCUCGGGAAGACGCCGACCGCCCCCGGCCCGGCCCGGCCCUGCCCUGCCUCGCCUCGCCCCGCUCCUCCCCGCCCUCACACAGGCGAGUCCUGCCCGGGGCCGGGCCCAGCGGGGUGGCCGCGGCGGCGGCAUAGAUGUGCAACUGACUGAACUGACACGCACACAGCUUCAAGAGGCCGAGAAUGAUAUUAAGAGAUCGUCUUACUAGAUGCACACAAAUUAUACGCAGAAGUAGACUUCAACCAGGAAGGCCUCUGUCUUCUCCACUUUUUCAAGAGAGGAAAAAGUCUCGUAGUUCAUGUUGUUUACAUCAACUUGAGUGACAGUGGAAGAUUAUCAACUGGCAGUGCAAAUACACACAGCAUGAAACUGCAGGUUUUUAAAAAGAAUUUCUGUGAAGACUUCCCUGGAAACAAAUGUACAUGAAGAAUUUUCUUUAUGAAGACCAUCAAGUUGGAUCACCUGGUAACAUGACUUAAGCACACUACUACUUUGUAUUCAUUUGAGCCUUAAAAACGAUAAGGGUAACACAUGAACUUUGACCCACUUCUGAUGAGUAUUCUAGACAUGAGUUUGCAUCGGCAAAUGGGCUCUGAUCGGGACCUGCAGUCUUCUGCCUCUUCAGUAAGUUUGCCUUCAGUUAAAAAGGCACCAAAGAAAAGAAGAAUUUCACUGGGCUCCCUCUUCCGAAGGAAAAAGGAUACAAAACGCAAAUCUAGGGAUUUAAAUGGAGGGGUGGAUGGAAUUGCAAGUAUUGAAAGUAUACAUUCUGAAAUGUGCACAGACAAGAACUCUAUCUUCUCCACAUGUACCUCUUCUGACAAUGGCACCACCUCUAGCAGUAAACCAACUGGAGACUUCAUGGAGUGCCCCUUGUGUCUAUUACGGCACUCUAAGGACAGGUUCCCAGAAAUAAUGACUUGUCACCAUAGAUCCUGUGUGGAUUGCUUACGUCAGUAUCUCCGGAUAGAAAUCUCUGAGAGUAGAGUUAAUAUCAGCUGUCCAGAAUGUUCUGAACGAUUCAAUCCACAUGACAUUCGUUUGAUAUUAAACGAUGACAUCUUGAUGGAAAAAUACGAAGAAUUUAUGCUUAGGCGAUGGCUUGUUGCAGAUCCAGAUUGUAGAUGGUGCCCAGCUCCAGACUGUGGAUAUGCUGUGAUCGCUUUUGGCUGUGCCAGCUGUCCCAAACUUACUUGUGAACGUGAAGGCUGUGGAACUGAGUUCUGCUAUCACUGUAAACAGAUUUGGCAUCCAAACCAGACCUGUGACGCUGCUCGCCAAGAGAGAGCCCAAAGUCUACGCUUGAGAACAAUUCGUUCUUCAUCUAUUAGUUAUAGCCAAGAGUCAGGAGCAGCAGCCGAUGACAUAAAGCCAUGUCCACGAUGUGCUGCUUACAUAAUAAAAAUGAACGAUGGAAGCUGCAAUCAUAUGACUUGUGCUGUCUGUGGUUGUGAAUUCUGUUGGCUGUGUAUGAAAGAGAUCUCAGAUUUGCAUUACUUAAGCCCAUCAGGUUGUACUUUUUGGGGAAAGAAACCAUGGAGUCGUAAGAAGAAAAUACUGUGGCAACUGGGGACGCUUGUUGGGGCUCCUGUAGGGAUUGCUUUAAUAGCUGGUAUUGCCAUUCCUGCUAUGAUCAUUGGGAUCCCUGUGUAUGUGGGACGUAAGAUUCACAAUCGCUAUGAAGGAAAAGACAUUUCGAAGCACAAGAGAAACUUGGCUAUCGCAGGUGGUGUAACCUUGUCUGUAAUUGUUUCUCCAGUUGUAGCUGCAGUAACUGUAGGUAUUGGCGUUCCCAUUAUGUUGGCUUAUGUGUAUGGAGUUGUUCCUAUCUCCCUCUGUCGAAGUGGAGGUUGUGGUGUGUCUGCAGGCAAUGGAAAGGGUGUCAGGAUAGAAUUUGAUGAUGAAAAUGAUAUAAAUGUUGGUGGAACAAAUGCAGCCAUAGAUACUACUUCUGUGGCAGAGGCACGACAUAACCCUAGCAUAGGGGAAGGAAGUGUGGGAGGACUGACCGGCAGCCUGAGUGCAAGUGGUAGCCAUAUGGAUAGAAUAGGAGCCAUUCGAGAUAACCUGAGUGAAACUGCUAGCACCAUGGCACUAGCUGGAGCUAGUAUAACAGGGAGUCUAUCAGGAAGCGCAAUGGUCAACUGUUUUAACAGGUUGGAAGUUCAAGCAGAUGUGCAAAAAGAGCGAUACAGUCUGAGUGGAGAAUCUGGUACGGUUAGCUUGGGAACGGUUAGUGACAACGCCAGUACAAAAGCAAUGGCAGGAUCCAUUCUGAAUUCCUACCUCCCAUUGGAUAGGGAAGGUAACAGCAUGGAGGUGCAAGUUGAUAUUGAAUCGAAGCCAGCUAAAUUCAGACACAAUAGUGGAAGCAGUAGUGUUGAUGAUGGCAGUGCUCCAGGUCGUAGUAAUGCUGGUUGUUCAUCAGCCAGCUUGCCAGAAAGUAAAUCUAGUGCCACCAAGUGGUCCAAAGAGGCGACGGCAGGAAAAAAAUGUAAAGGUAAACUGAGAAAAAAAAGUAGCAUGAAGAUAAAUGAGACCAGAGAGGACAUGGAUGCUCAGUUGUUGGAGCAACAAAGCACAAACUCAAGUGAAUUUGAUUCUCCCUCUCUGAGCGAUAGCAUCCCGUCUGUAGCAGAUUCCCACUCAAGUCAUUUUUCAGAGUUUAGUUGCUCUGAUAUGGAAAGUAUGAAAACGUCCUGUAGCCAUGGUUCCAAUGAUUACCACACUCGCUUCACUACAGUCAGUGUCCUCCCCGAGGUAGAACACGACCGCUUGGAAAAUUCUCCACAUCAGAGUGGAAUUCCUGUGUUGGCUCCAACCGCCCCAAGCACUGACGUCCCACAACUGAGUUACAUCGCUGAAGAAAGUGUUCAUAAUGGAACUUCAGCUGAUGUGGAUUUAGAUAUUGGUGAGACACUGAAAGAAACAAACAACAAUCAUUCACAACACGCUGUGGAAUUAAACACUGCGAUUCAGACUGAAAUUUAGACCUAUAAGUGCUGCAAAAUUAUAUUUACCACUAAAGAGCCCUGUCUGAAAGCUGGUUGAACUACAUGUGACUACUGUAAGUCCCAAGUGACCAGCAGAAGCAAGGUUUUGAUGCAAUUAUAUUUUAUAUGUACCUGUCUAGUAAGGCAGAAUGCUUCAUGUGGAUCUUAGUUACAGACCUAUGUGAAGUGACAAAGGCUUUAACAAGUGCAUUACUACACAACAAAUAAGUUAAUGUUUUGUAUUUUUGCCACAACUUUGCUUGAAAGUAUAUACUUGAUGUAUUCAAUACAAAAUUGGCAAAUUUGUAUAAUGUUAAAUGCUAAACUGAAUAGCGUCCUGCACUGUUCACUUGAAAAUGUGGGGCUGGGGAUAAGUGGGUGUUAGAUGAGUAGUAGUAACUUUGAUAUCAUUCUAGAGUGAACACUAAGGGAAGCAAAAGUCUUGCAAAGACUAUACAGGUAUGUUUCAGUAACGAAUAUUUGUAAUGACCGUUUUGGCUCAUAACUGGACACAUUUCAAAAGUUUGCAUUUAGAAUGAAUCACAUAUCCAGAGAUGGAUGCAGCCUGUGUUAGAAGGGUUUAUAUACUUGCACACUUUGAGCAAUGUUAUGGCAUUUGAAUUAACUUGGACUGGUACUUAGUAUAUGGUAGAAAAGUGACCUCUUUUGAAGAAGAGUGGGAUAAAUUAAUGAUGCGUGCAACAGGCAAAGUGACUAUAUACUGUACAAAAACUGUAAAAUAAGAAACCAUUGAUUUAUAAAUAUAGAGAAGCCGCUACAGUCACCUUUCAUUAGGGGAAGAACAGUGCCCCACAGAUUCUCGGUGCCUUUGGAAAAGACUGGGUUUUAAGUGCCUGGUCGUUUGAGGAUUUUACUGUAAUGUUUUCCAGAAUAUCCUCUUUGGCCAUCUUGGAUUAUAAAGGAAAACUUGAGAGAAUAAAAUGACUGUGGUAGAUAAGUGUAUAAUAAUAAUAAUGAAGUAUUAGCCUACCAAAGACUCACUCAGGCGUCAGUGGAUAAAACUUUCAUGACAUCUGUUUGCAAGACUUGUGCACAUCCCCAGUCACUGAAUUCAAGCACAGUGCAGAACCUGCACAAGUACAAAAGAUGGGUUCUAGAUAUGGCCGUCUUUUUCUUUUUUCUUUUGUAUAUGGAAAAUGUACAGCUAGACACAAACUGAAGUUGGCCAAAGCAUCUGCACUGCUGAAAACAUUUUUGCUAUGUAAUUCACUAAAUCGUGAAAAAAAAUGUGGCUAUCAAUCCUGGUUAACAAUGAUCUGUCUUGUGUUUCUUGUAAGUAUUGCCAUUAUGGUGCUACUGGAAGUUUGAUUGGGUAAAAAGAAAAAUGCCAUGGGCUGCAGUCCUCCUCCAUGACUUGGCCUCACCAAUUUCAUUAGUAUGCUAUAACACUAGUGCCAGUUAUGUUAUUUGAUAACGCUUGUUAUGGUAUUUGUAUAUUUGCAUUUCAGUUUUGCUCAAUACUAUGCGUGUAAACUGCAUACCUGAAAUAAAUGUUGAAGUACUA